CUACGAGUUAAAAGUCUUUUUUACCUUAUAAUUAGUUAAUCAUCGACAUAUUUUAGUUAAUGGUCAUAUCGUCAAUAUACCGAGUUAUCAAAAGGUGCGGCCCCUUGUUUGGAAGAAACACCCCCUCCAAAAAGAAAGAUAAUUGUUGUGAAGGGAUAAUUUUACAAUGAACAUCUUGUUAUAAAGACGGUUGUUGAUAUUUUUAUUGAUUUCAUCAUAGGUAUAAUAUUGUUAUAAAAAAUAAAAUAUAACAUAAAAAAGGCCUUAUCUAACAAUGAAAUUUGAUUAGAAAAUAUGAUUAAUCGAAAGUUAAAUAUGCUUGUAAGGAUUAAAAAUGAAAUUUAUUGAUAAUAGAAAGGCUAAACUAGUGUAUUUAGUCAUAAACUUUCGACAUUUAUCUCAAGUAUCUACUAUUUAACUAUGAAAUUCAAAAUAAAAUUGAAAAUAUAAUAUUCAAAGUAUUUUCAAGUUCUCGUGCCAAACAGGUUUUUGGUAAACUUCCGCUCCCAUUCACAAAUAUUCAAAACAAAUUAGACUCAAAUCCAUGUUUAAACGCAAUUUAAAUUCCAAAAAUCAUAAUUUCAAAAAAAAAAAACUCAAAUUUCAACUUCUAAAAAACAAUCCAUAGCCAAAAAUGUUUACUUUCAAAAACUCAUAUUUUCCUCGUGUCAACCAGGUUUUGGAAAAACUUCCGCCCUUGUAUACUAAAAUUCAAAACAAACUCACGUAAAAUGCAUGUAUAAACUCAAUUUAAAUUUCAAAGACUCCGAAAUUUAGAACAAUUUAUAGCCAAAAACCGCAACUUCAAAAACUCAAAUUUUCGAAUUCCUAUAAACUAUAAAGGCAUCACAUUCUUCCUUCAAUUUUUUUCACCUUAUUAGAACUUUCCCUCCUCUUUCAAGAAGAACAAAAAUAAUGGCUCUGGAUCUAACAGCCUUCAAAACCAUCGUCCCGUCCCGGUACAUCACCUUCACAAUCCCAAAUCCAUUGCUUCAUCUUCGUCACUUCAAUGCUUCUCAACUCCGUGUUGCAGUUCUUGAUUCUCCGGCGCCUUCAGAACCCGUUCAAAUCGCUGCAAUGUUGGUUCCGAUCGGUCGGGAAGCUGAUUGGUAUUUUUCAACCGAACAAGGUCAUCUACAACUCAUACUUAACUUCCCUCAGCUCUCUCGACUUGUUUUAGUUGGGAAUUUACCGAAUUCGACUAACCCCAUUUCGUAUAAUCCCCUGUUACGUACCGAUGGUGUGGUGGGUGUGGCGGAUUUGGCUGUUGUUGAAGAGAAUUUGAUGCCAUUGUUGAUUGAGUUGAUACCCAGAUCGGCAUUUUGUCGAACAGGUGAUGGGUUAUGUGAAAUUCCGUUUUUGAGAUAUGAAGAUGAGGUGGUUCGCAGUUUGGUGUUGGAUAGAUGUGUUGGGGAGUUUGUUGGAGAGAUUUUGAUUGAAGAUGUGGAGUUGGAAUCGGAAGAUAGAGGUGUUAGAGAGUUUAGAAGGAGAUUGAGGUUUAAGAGAAUGCCGAAUUUGGUACAAACACAGAUAAAAAUUCAACCUAAGAACCUCGAUUUUGUUAACAUGGAGGAAGUAGAAUUUGAGAUUGUUGAUGAUGGGGUUUUAGUUCAUCCUUAUUUGACUGCAAUGGUGGCGGGUCUUUCAGUAAUCCGAUCAUUCUUGGACGCGAAAAUUGGAAAUGGGAUAAAGCCGAAAGCUCUGUGUUUGGGUGUUGGAGGAGGGGCACUUCUUGGUUUUUUAAGCUCUCAAUUAGGGUUCCAAGUCUUGGGUAUUGAAGCUGAUAAUGUUGUUUUAGAAGUAGCAAGGAGAUACUUCGGUUUAGAACGUGGUAACUCGAUACGUUUAUGUGUUGGAGAAGCACUAGACAUGAUUGGGAAGUUCGCGACUCAAGCUGAAAGUGAUGGUUUUCGUGGUUAUGUUUUGAAGAAUGGUGAGCUUUUGAAUGAUUUCGACUGUAAAUUUGAUGUGAUCAUGGUUGAUUUAGACGCGACUGAUGCUUAUAUGGGUAUGAGUGCUCCUCCUUCAGCGUUUUUCCAGAAAAAUGCGUUGUUUGCUAUAAGAACAUUGCUUAGCAAAGAUAGUGUUGUCAUCAUGAAUGUGAUUCCUUCAGACAAGACAUCUUACAAGCUAGUAAUCGCUGAAUUCAAAGAAGUUUUCGCGGAGUUGUAUGAGAUAGAUGUUGGAAAUGAAGAUAACUUUGUUCUUAUUGCCUCUGCUUCAGAAAUCGAACAUGUCCCCGUUCAUCGUCAAAGUAAAUUUCUAAAGAAGUUGAAACAAGUAUCAGGAUGUUUUCUGGACUCUAUAAGAUUGAUCUGAAAGGGUUGUUGGUAGCUCAAGUAAAUUUGUGCAGCAUAUGGAGUGAUAUCUUUUGCUUAAGUUUUUGAUAGAAACGAUGAGCCAGGACAAAGGCAAAUCUAAUAGUUUUUUGGACGAUAGAGAAAACAAGUUGUAUAAAGUUCAUUUGAGUUCAGAGAAUUACAAACAUGAAUUUUGCUUUCAUAUUGGUUGUAUUUGCAUUGAUAGAAAGUUUGUGCAUUUUCCUUAGGAGUUUAA